AUGGCGCAGAAAGAUCAACUGGACCUAGAAACAAUCAGCUGUUCGAUCUGUCUGGAUCUACUGAAGGAUCCAGUGACUAUUCCUUGUGGACACAGCUACUGUAUGAGUUGUAUUAAAGGAUUCUGGGAUGGAGAGGAUCAGAGGAAGAUCUACAGCUGCCCUCAGUGCAGAGAGGCCUUCACACCGAGGCCUGUCCUGAAGAAAAGUACCAUGUUUGCAGCUUUAGUGGAGCAGCUGAAGAAGACUGGACUCCAAGCUGCUCCUGCUGAUCACUGCUAUGCUGGACCUGAAGAUGUGGCCUGUGAUGUCUGCACUGGGAGGAAGCUGAAAGCCUUCAAGUCCUGUCUGCAGUGUCUGGCCUCUUACUGUAAGAAUCACCUCCAGUCUCACUAUGAAUCACCUACAUUUAAAAAACACAAGCUCGUGGAGCCAUCCAAGAAGCUCCAGGCGAACAUCUGCUCUCGUCAUGAUGAGGUGAUGAAGAUAUUCUGCCGUACAGAUAAGAAGUGUAUCUGUUAUCUGUGCACUAUGGAGGAUCAUAAAGGCCACGACACAGUCCCAGCUGCAGCAGAAAGGACUGAGAGGCAGAGAGAGCUCGAGGUGAGUCGACUAAACAUCCAGCAGAGAAUCCAGCACAGAGAGAAAGAUGUGAAGCUGCUUCAACAGGAAGUGAAGGCUGUCAGUCGCUCUGCUGAUAAAGCAGUGGAGGACAGUGAGAAGAUCUUCACUGAGCUGAUCCGUCUCCUGCAGAAAAGAAGCUCUGAUGUGAAGCAGCAGAUCAGAUCCCAGCAGGAAACUGAAGUGAGUCGAGUCAAAGAGCUUGAGGAGAAGCUGCAGCAGGAGAUCACUGAGCUGAAGAGGAAAGACACUGAACUGAAGCAGCUCUCACACACAGAGGAUCACAACCAGUUUCUACACAACUACCCCUCAGUGUCACAACUCAGUGAACCUACAGACUCAUCCAGCAUCAAUAUCCGUCCUCUGAGAUACUUUGAGGAUGUGACAGCAGCUGUGUCAGAGCUCAGAGAUAAACUACAGGACAUCCUGAGGGACAAAUGGACAAACAUCUCACUGACAGUGGCUGAAGUGGACAUUUUACUGCCACAACCAGAACCCAAAACCAGAGCUGGUUUCUUAAAAUAUUUACGUGAAAUCACUCUGGAUCCAAACACAGCACACACAGAGCUGUUAUUAUCUGAGGGGAACAGAAAAGUAGAAUGGACAUAUCAACAACAGUCUUAUUUUAGACACAGAGACAGAUUCACUAAUCAUCUUCAGGUCCUGAGUAGAGAGAGUCUGACUGGACGUUGUUACUGGGAGGUGGAGAGGAGAGGAUGGGGAGUUUUUGUAGCAGUCGCAUACAAGAAUAUCAGCAGAUCAGGAGAGGAAUCUGAAUUUGGACGCAAUGACAAAUCUUGGUCUUUAUAUUGUUCCAGUAACAGUUAUGACUUUUGGUUCAACAACAUUAAAACUACCGUCUCAGGUCCUGGUUCCUCCAGAGUCGGAGUGUACCUGGAUCACAGAGCAGGUAUUCUGUCCUUCUACAGCGUCUCUAAAACCAUGACUCUCCUCCACAGAGUCCAGACCACAUUCACUCAGCCUCUCUAUGCUGGACUAUUAGUUAGUGGUGGAGCCACAGCUGAAUUGUGUAAAGCUGCAUUUAUGACUGAAUCACAUGAUCAGAUCAAAGUUCAAACUUGUUUCAUUUAUCAGGAAGUGAAACUCAGACAGUCGUUGCCUCUGAGAGCUGAAAUGGCGCAGAAAGAUCAGCUGGACCUAGAAACAAUCAGCUGUUCGAUCUGUCUGGAUCUACUGAAGGAUCCGGUGACUAUUCCUUGUGGACACAGCUACUGUAUGAGCUGUAUUAAAGGAUUCUGGGAUGGAGAGGAUCAGAGGAAGAUCUACAGCUGCCCUCAGUGCAGAGAGGCUUUCACACCAAGGCCUGUCCUGAAGAAAAGUACCAUGUUUGCAGCUUUAGUGGAGCAGCUGAAGAAGACUGGACUCCAAGCUGCUCCUGCUGAUCACUGCUAUGCUGGACCUGAAGAUGUGGCCUGUGAUGUCUGCACUGGGAGGAAGCUGAAAGCCAUCAAGUCCUGUCUGCAGUGUCUGGCCUCUUACUGUAAGAAUCACCUCCAAUCUCACUUUGAAUCACCUACACUUAAAAAACACAAGCUGGUGGAGCCUUCCAAGAAGCUCCAGGAGAACAUCUGCUCUCGUCAUGAUGAGGUGAUGAAGAUAUUCUGCCGUACAGAUAAGAAGUGUAUCUGUUAUCUGUGCACUAUGGAGGAUCAUAAAGGCCACGACACAGUCCCAGCUGCAGCAGAAAGGACUAGGAGACAGAGAGAGCUCGAGGUGAGUCGACUAAACAUCCAGCAGAGAAUCCAGCACAGAGAGAAAGAUGUGAAGCUGCUUCAACAGGAAGUGAAGGCUGUCAGUCGCUCUGCUGAUAAAGCAGUGGAGGACAGCGAGAGGAUCUUCACUGAGCUGAUCCGUCUCCUCCAGAAAAGAAGCUCUGAUGUGAAGCAGCAGAUCAGAUCCCAGCAGGAAACUGAAAUGAGACGAGUCAAAGAGCUUCAGGAGAAGCUGCAGCAGGAGAUCACUGAGCUGAAGAGGAAAGACGCUGAACUGACGCAGCUCUCACACACAGAGGAUCACAACCAGUUUCUACACAACUACCCCUCAGUGUCACAACUCAGUGAACAUACAGACUCAUCCAGCAUCAAUAUCCGUCCUCUGAGACACUUUGAGGAUGUGACAGCAGCUGUGUCAGAGCUCAGAGAUAAACUACAGGACAUCCUGAGGGACAAAUGGAUAAACAUCUCACAGACAGGGACUGAAGUGGAUGUUUUACUGUCACAACCAGAACCAGAACCAGAGCCCAAGACCAGAGCUGAGUUCUUAAAAUAUUCACGUGAAAUCACUCUGGAUCCAAACAUAGCAAACACACGGCUGUUAUUAUCUGAGGGGAACAGAAAAGUAACAUAUACAUUACAUCCACAGUCUUAUUCUAGACACACAGACAGAUUCACUGAUCAGUGGCAGGUACUGAGUAGAGAGUCUCUGACUGGACGUUGUUACUGGGAGGUGGAGAGGAGAGCAGGUGCAUUAGUUUAUGUAGCAGUCGCAUACAAGAAUAUCAGCAGAGCAGGAAGUCAAUCUCUAUUUGGAUGUAAUGAUAAAUCUUGGUCUUUAGAUUGUUACCCUAACAGGUAUGGAUUUCGUUUCAACAACAUUGAAACUCCCGUCUCAGGUCCUCGUUCUUCCAGAGUCGGAGUGUACCUGGAUCACAGAGCAGGUAUUCUGUCCUUCUACAGCGUCUCUGAAACCAUGACUCUCCUCCACAGAGUCCAGACCACAUUCACUCAGCCUCUCUAUGCUGGACUUUGUCUUUAUAAUGGAGCCACAGCUGAAUUGCGUAAACUGAAAGAGACAGAAGUAAUUUCAGACGUCAUGUGUCGGAUGUUGUAA